GUUUCAAAACAACGUGUGUCGCGUGCUGCUAGUAAUUGCCGGGUUAGUUCAUAUUUUACCCGAUAAAUAUUGCUUCCAAACUCCAUUGAACCAUGAAACGCCUAACAGAAGAGCAAACGAAGGUUUUGUUUGAAAAACUUUCCAAGUACAUUGGCACGAACGUAAAGUUGCUGAUUGACCGAUCGGAUGGGACCUACUGUUUCCGUGAGAAUAAAUCCCGAGUGUACUAUAUGCCAGAAAAAAUCCUAAAGCUGGCGCAAACAGUCCCAAGAGAAAACUUGGUUUCGGUCGGUACAUGCUUCGGAAAGUUCACGAAAGGCAACAAGUUUAUCCUACACAUUACGGCGCUCGUGUACCUGGCACCAUACGCACCGUACAAACUCUGGCUAAAGACAUCUGCCGAGCAACAGUUCCUGUACGGUAAUCAUGUGGCGAAAUCGGGCCUCGGUCGUAUCACGGAAAACACACCCGUCUACCAGGGCGUGAUAGUGAUGUCCAUGAACGAUGUUCCGCUUGGCUUCGGUGUGACGGCGAAAUCUACAAACGACUGCAAGGUGGCCGAUCCGCUGGUAACGGUCUGUUUUCAUCAGGCAGACAUAGGUGAAUACAUUCGUUCGGAGGAUACGUUAAUUUGAGAUGGUUGAAUGAAAAUAUAUUUUUAAACUGCUACCUAG